AUGAAUCUUAGAUCUUUGUUAUCACUUCCCUUUGCGAUUAGCUCAUUGUUCAAUCCUCGUACAUCAACUUUCAUACCUUCAUUAAGCGUGUCCACGAGAUCGGCAACUACGAUGGUAUUGGAUACUAGUAAAUUAAGUGUCCUUCAUGCACCACUUCAACCGCACACCAAAGAAGGAGAUACGACUCAUCCGACCGGGUAUCAAAGAGAUGGCUAUUGUUGGGGUAAUGAAGAAGAUCCAGGAAAUCAUUUCAUAGGUGGUGUAGUGACUAAAGAAUUCUUAGAGUACAGUAAAAAACAAGGUAACGAUCUGAUGACUCCACGACCUGGAUUUGUGGGUCUGAAAGAUGGUUGUAGAUGGUGUCUAUGUGUCAACAGAUGGAAAGAAGCCAUGUUUGCUUCAGAGAAAUUAGGAGAAAGAGUUGUACCUCGUGUCGAUCUCUCAUCUACCGCACUUACCGCUCUUAAAGGCGUUAGUCUUGACGAUCUCAAGAAAUACGAAUACAAGCCUUAA